CUGGGAAAACGAGGCGAUGAAACAGAAUUAUUCCUUCUGACUGGUGGUGUUGAAGACCACCUGCAUCAACCUCCCACCAGUAUAUAACCGAUACGAUGACGACCAGGCUACCAAAACUGGUCGCUUUCGAUCUAGACUAUACGCUUUGGGAUUUCUGGAUCGAUACUCACGUACAUCCUCCAUUAAAGCGACACCACGUCACUGGCAAAGUCAUCGAUAGCCAGCGGAAACCCAAGACAAUAGACUUCUACGGGGAUGUACCACAGAUCAUGCAUCGCCUACAAGCAGCGGGCGUAACGAUCGCUGCGUGCUCACGGACGGAUGCGCCGUCAUUAGCUCGCGAAGCCUUAGAUCUCAUACUUAUACCCCCGAGGACUGGUAGCGACAGCAGCGCUAAACCAAUUCCCGCAAUCAAGUUUUUUGACCAGCUGGAGAUAUACCCUUCUUCCAAGAUCAGACAUUUCAAGAAACUUCAUGAGAAGACUGAGAUACCCUAUGACGAGAUGCUAUUCUUCGACGACGAAUGGAGGAAUCAGGAAGUAGAAGAACUUGGCGUGACAUUCACACUCGUCCCAAAUGGUCUCAAUGACCGAAUUCUAGAAAAAGGGCUAGAGGAAUGGAGAAAGAGGCACCCUGUUCAAGUCACCGAAGACGUGGUGGAAGCAGAUGAAACGCUUAUCUCAUAGUGUUUCGUCGGCGUGAUAUCUCAAUUGAAUUCAUGGUCUCGGUAAGAGAAGUAGUUACACUGCCUAUCUGAGUUGAUCGU